AUGUAGUGGAACUUGUGUUUCGCAGCUCUGUAUAUUGUCUUGUGUUGAGAUAUGUUGUGAAGAUGCACGUUAAUUAUAUAUUAACAUUUCUCUUCGCCUGGAACUUAACGAUUUUGACCAGCAGCCAGUUCGUUGGUUUUGUGCCGUCAAAUAUAGUUGAGAAUCAGCCGCCAAUCACAAAUAGGCCCGUCACAUAUUCGCCUGGCCCUGUCGAUAGCUUUCAAGAAGAUGAACCGACGUUGGAGAUAGGUCCUGAUGAAGACGACAUGACUUCGGUGGAGAAGAGGCGAUACUUUGAAAUUGCUGAGCGAAUGUGCGAUAAAUACAAAUCGUUGAACACAAAAAAGAUAGUGGCCAUCCCACUGCUUCCGUCGGCGCAUGGCGUCGAAGUAAAUGUCUCGGAUUGUACACCCAUCAAAAUACCGCUUAUCAUCGGAGGGCAGGUCGCUACGAUCGAGGAGUUCCCGCACAUGGCCUUAAUAGGAUGGAAGAAUGCACAGGACUAUGGAUAUUCUUGGAAGUGCGGGGGGUCGCUCAUCUGCGACGAAUACGUCCUGACUGCCGGUCAUUGCACGUACCAGGAAAAGGAUUACAGCGUCAUCAGCGGAACACCCCGCGCUGUUCAACUCGGGUCGGCGCGCCGCGACGACCGCCGCGCGUUGAUCCUCGGCAUCUCCACCGUCAUACGACACCCGAAGUACAAACGGAGGAGGUCCUACUACGACUUGGCUCUUGUUAAGCUGGUCUCCAAAGUGAGAUUCUCGGACCAGAUCAGGCCGGCUUGUCUAGGAGUUCCACCGGCAGAAGGGGAGAGAGUCGUCGUCAGCGGCUGGGGACGAACCGAAUUUGGUGGAGACGCAUCUGCGGACCUUCGGAGCGUUUCCGUUGAAAUCUGGAAUAUGCAAGAGUGCAGGGAGACAUGGGGCACCUCGUUGAAGCUGCCAAACGGACCCACGCCUGAUAGCCACGUCUGCGCUGGUGAGAGGAAAGGGGGCAAGGACACAUGUCAGGGGGACUCCGGUGGGCCAGCCCAGGUGGAAGACGGCUGCGUGUGGCGCGUCGUGGCCGUCACCUCGAUCGGGAGGUCCUGCGCCGCUCCGCAGACUCCAGCGCUAUACUCCAGAUUACAUAUACCGUUUAUAAUCGCACAAAUAUUCAACAACCAGCCGUCGUAUAAUCAAAACGAUCAUCAGACGAACCAAAAUUACAAUAACAAUGACAGACAGACAAACCCAGACAGACAGACAAACCCAAAUCGCUACGACGAUCAGCAGGAAAACCGAAAUCGUCCCAACAAUCAACACUUUAAUAAUAAUUUCGGUUUUAACAGCAACAACAAUUUUAAUGGUCAAACAAUCGACGAUCGGAAUCAAUAUUACAAUCAAAACGUCAACAAUCAAAACAAGCACACCCAGAACAGUAAUAAUCAAGUUUUAUUUAAUCAAGAUCAUUAUAAUGCUCCGAGUUAUGAUGCCCAGGAUCAUUACAGCAGCCAGGAUAAUCAGUAUAACAAUCAGUACCAACAGGAUGUAAGACGUCCGGAGGUUAGUGAUAAUCGACAACACAUUAACAAUGUCUAUGUAAAAGGCCCUCCAAGGACUGAGAAUUUUAAUUUCCAAAAUGACAGGAUACAUGCUGAAGAGAAUUAUCAAAACAAUCAAGGCUCAUACGUAACGCAACCACCUGAACACGAUCGUCCUAUAAACGAUUAUAACAAUCAAAAGACUGAUUAUAACAAUCAAUAUUCUGAUUAUAACAAUCAAAACGAUCGCGACGCUACACGAACAUCGGAUUACGGAAGUCAAAGCAACAGAUAUACCGAACAAAGGUCUGAUCACAGAAAUCAGGAAUACGUAAAGGAUAAUAAGAGAUUGAGAGAUAGCGAUCGACUUGAUUAUAACAGAGGGUAUAGUCGAGAAGAUUUUCGGAUUGCAAACUGGAAUUGAUUUGAUUACGUAUGUUUAAUUAGUAGGAGUGUAAUGUAGUGCUGCGUUUGCGCUUGUCGCCACCGUACUGACUAUAUUAACUGGUUUGGGGGAGGGGGGGUUGGUACUGGAAGUCGAAGCAGUUCGGUACCAGCUCGGCGGUUUUAUUCGUUUGAUGUUUCGCAAGUUGAAUGGCCACUGGAAAUUUGACGAUGUAUUAACCAUUGAUGGUUUCAACUACAUUGAUGCUAUGGUUUUUAUUUUUAUUUGUUGUGAAGUCCGGCACUAAUCUUGAAACAUAUAGCCUCAAUAGUAACUGUUGACUACCCUCUGCUUCGCGGUAGAAUCAGGCAGUAGGGGUAUUUAUCCACCCGUGUGGGCUCACAAGAAGCUUACCACCAGAUUUUUUUUGUUACACGAUGUUAUUCCUUCACCGUGGAAGUCAAUCGUGAACAUCUGUUAAGUACGUAUUUCAUUAGAAAUAUUGGUACCCAUCUGCGGGAUUUAAAAACCGGUGCAUCACUACAUACGAAUGCACCGGACGUCUUAUCCUUUAGGCCACGACGACUUCGUGUAUACCCGACCGAGUACUCUGCGCGUUAGACACUUUUUGGCUGGGUGGUAUUCUAGUAACCUCGAAGGGUUAUGCUGGAUUCGCAGAACGAGUACGUGAGCCCACGGGCUCUAACCAGAGGAAAUUCGUUUAAUGCGCGACAUUUAUUUUUGUUAUUAAAAGCGCGUUUUAUUUGGUAUCAGCGUCAACAGUUCGACUUCAAUUAAGUUUACUCCAUUCAAAUAGGCUGAAUAAGUUUUUUGUUAUGAUAUUUUAUAUAAGAACCGAAUUUCUCAAGGCAGAGCUGUCGGGACUGCAAACUUGAGAUAUUGGCAGAGGUAUUUUCUGUUGUAAUCAUCCACCGAGGAGGGAAAUUGGAAAUUUCGGCCCGAAAGGGGGUAAAAUAAAAGCACACAUGUAUCGACGCUUCCUUAGAAUGAAAUUAAAUUUAAUUAUAAUUAUAUUAUAUUAUUUAGUGAUAUAAAUAGUUUAGUGUAUUUGACUGUAGAUAUUGUCAUUGACAUUUAUGUAGAUGAGAAUAAAUGUUUUUGAAAUCUA